GUCACCCCCCACCACCACACCGGGGCGGAGGGUGACGUAGCGCGGUGCUGUCAUGGCGGCCGCCCCCGCGCCCCUCGUUGUGCUCCUGCUGUGCGCCGCCGCGGGCCCCGCGCGGGGCUGGGACCGCCACGAGAAGGUUUUGCUGAGGGACGUGCAGGCGCUCACUCUCCACAGAGGGCAGUACACCACGUCGCGGCGGACACCUGCGGUCCCGCAGCUGCAGUGCACAGGAGGCACUGCGGGCUGUUCCCGCGUUCCUGCGGUGGUUCAGUGUUACAACAAAGGUUGGGAUGGCUAUGAUGUACAGUGGCAGUGCAAAGCAGACUUGGACAAUGCCUACCGCUUUGGACACAUAGAAGUCAGCUGUGAAGGCUACGAUUACCCGGAUGACCCUUACAUCUUGAGAGGCUCCUGUAGCUUGCUGUUCAGGCUAGAGCUGACUGAGGAAGGUGAAAGGAAAGUGAAGAGCUCUGGAAGCUUUGGCUCUAGCUAUUAUCAGUCAAGGCAAUCAGAUUCUUCUGAUUCUGGUUCUGGAGCCAUUGUUGUAAUAGUUCUUCUUGCUCUUGCUUUUGGAGUAUACAAGUUCUUCCUCAGCAACCAGCAGCCUCAGCAGAGUCCCGGUGACAGUGAUGGAUUCGCGAGGCCUUUCUGGCAGAGUCAGCAGGCACCUCCUCCUCCUGGCUUUAAGUCCAGCUUCACAGAUGACAACAGCUUUGGAAUGCAUUCCCAUCAUGGAACCAAUUCAGGACCAGGAUUUUGGACUGGAUUAGGAGCAGGAGGCUUGCUAGGCUACUUGGCAGGCAGUCACAGAGCACAGCCACGUUCCCCGUAUCACAGCAUGUGGACAGAUCCCACAGCUGCACCUCCUAUGAAUGGGCACUCAAGCAAUUCCACACAAGGGAGCAGUUCAGGAACAAGAACUGCCUCUGGCUUUGGGGGCACGAAACGAAGAUGAAAUCCUUGAUGUUAUUACAUCGGAGUCAUUGAACUAAAUCUUCCUGUGCACUUGUAUUUAUUUUUAUUAAUAGUAGGCUUCAGAAGGGAAUGUGAAGUAUGAAAGACUGGGCAAAGAGUUCCUUUCUUUCUCUGUGGAAGUGUGGAUUCUUACUGCUGUGUAGCGUAUCACAGGUGCUGGAACAUCCAUUAUUUCAAAUCAGCAUCUUCUCAUACAGAAUAAACUCAUCCAAGUUAAGAAAAAUGAUGUUACAGUGACUACAUGUCUGUCUGUACUUGAGGGAUUAUGGCAAUGAUAGCCUUACCAGAUUUUUAAACAAGUAGCUUACUACUCAUGUUGUGGGCUUAAUUUCAUUUGAUCCAGAAUUUCUGACAUGUUUUUCCCACCUCUUUCUUGGUAGUCCAGCAUCCACCUGAUACCUAAGGACUGCUGCUCUUUGAAGCUACUUUUGUUUGUUGUUGGAGAAUUCAUGUGAACUUUACUGUAAGUGCAGUCAGCUACUCAGAUAAGUGUUGGAGCUUUUCCUUAGUGGAAAGAGUAAAACUAUAUAGAGACUAACAUUAAUGCGUUUGUAUCUGUGCUGUGUGACUGUUGGAGCUAAAAUUUGGAGAUUUGAGGAUGCUCCUUGUUUUAGAGCUUAUUCAAGGUGACUGUGCAAACCUGGGGAAUUUUGUGUAUAAAUUAAGGAGAAAUAAAUAAGUAACCUGCAAAGAGACAAGAUUUUUUUUUUUCUAAUUUGAACCUUUUUCUGUAAGACUGAGAUAAUAUAAAUUCAGGUAACAGCAGACAUUUUGCUGGCAUUGAGGCCACAGACUUUGCACUUAAUGGUGGAUGUUGGCAAUGCUGUGAAAACUUCUGAUGUGAAUGGUCUGUCCUGCUAGAUGACCUGUCCAGGGCCCAGUAAACCAAAGGUGCUUAUUGCAAAGGGAAGGGAGUAUUCUUAAUGCAGAGCUGGUAGAAUCUCUGGAGCACAGCUGGCCUUGAUACUAAGCAAAAAGAAAAACUGAAUGUCUAAUGGGAUGGAAACUUUACCCAGUAUACUUUUUAAAAACAAAGUGCUGUUAGAGAGUGGGAAGGAGAGAGGCUUUAUUCUGUGAUACUUUGGGGGCUCUGAGAAGUAUCGUACAGUUCUCGUGUGAUUGACACUGCCCUGGGAGAGGCAUUGCUGAAAAGGAAGUAGAGAAAUUUCUCAGGAUUGUGGGAGGAGGGUAAGAGUGAAAAAUGGGCUGCUUGACCUCCAGGUCUUCUCCAGAGCUCAUCCUAGUAGAGUGUAGAAGUGUGGUGUGCACAGGUUUUGUAUGCUGGCAGAGCAGGAGAAGCCUAGCUUUCAGCCUUGUGAAAGUACCGUGUCUGGGAACUGAGAUAAACUAUUACAGCAAAAGCAGAGCACUGUUUUGCUGAUACAGGUUGCACCUCCACAAGGAGAUUUAGCACGUCUGAUUAGUUUCUAAGAAAGUAACUUCAGCAUAACUGAUCAGAAAGCAAUUAUGAGUACAGAAAGAAGUGGCUCAUAUGGUAAUGCCCAAGUUCAGUGUCUGGCUUACUCAAACAAAAGAAAACCAAAGAAGAAAACCAAACCAAAAAAUAAACAAGGAAACAAAACCCACAAAACCCAUGGAAAUCUGUAUGAAGUCAACAGAAGCUACGAAAAGGUGCUUGCAGUGAAAAUGUUAUUUUGAAAAUAUCAAAUGAAAAUUGAUAACUUGAGGGUUAAAUGGUGGUUUGCUUCUCAGAGCUGCCUGAGGGUUGGGGAAAAAUAACUGCAUUAACAGUCUGUGUUAUGAACCUAAAAAGGGAAAGACCUUACUGAUGGUGUAUUAGAAAGUUCUACUUUUUAUGAAAAGUAGUAUGUGGUAAAUCUCUUACCUUUUUGACAAAGGGUAGCAAAAUAAUAUAUUUUAAAUGUGGAGUUUUUACUUAUUUCUAAGUGUAUUCAGGUUGAAACUUGUCAUAGUCAAUAUUCUCUUUGCCACCUAAUUAACUAACAAUGAAACUGGAUUUUUGCUGACUGGGCAGUUUGAAGCUGAAGUUUGCUCUCAGAUUACAAUGUGCUAUGAAAUGUUUUAGACAAUGUUUUCAUAUGUAUUUAUAUUCUGCAUGAAAUGGGAUUUGAUACAUGAACCUGAUGACUACUGAAUGCAAUUUCUGAAUCUGUAGGAUAUUUUUGCCCUUGCCUUUGAUAAAAGUGAUGAAAUAUGUGAAUAAGGAGUACUUUUGUCUUUAAAGCACUAUCUUGAGGCCUGCAGGGAUGGCAUGUUCUGUUUUUUCAGAGUUGUCUAUCUCCAUCCACUUCCCAUGUGAUGUAAUACCAUCCUUUACCCCCAGACGCAGACUGGGUAAGCUGUAUGUUGUUUCAAUAAAAUAAAACAAUUCUGGGAAUAGA